UUAUACCACCUGCCGACCUGCGUUUAGCUUCCUAGCAAAAACAAAGAGAUUUCUUGUCAGAAUAUUUGCCUGUGAAAGUGUGAAAUCCGAUCUUAGUUCAACAAAAAAUCACACUAGACAAAUCCAUAACACCAACAAAACAAGGAGGGAGGAUUGAAUCGGUAGAUCCAUAUAAGAAAAUCGAGACGAGCCCAGAUAACAAGCAAAACGUACUGCAAAAAGAAAAAGGAAAAACAAAGAAGAGAAAAACAGACACAUGCUCGUUCAUUGACAUUCACUUCUUCAAGAGUAGUGAGUAUUGUCUGACACUUGACGUGUUUCUACUCCAAGAAAGCUAUUCCGCCUCUCCAAAUUCAACUCGUCCACUUGUCUUUGCUCCCAUCAAAUUUCUUUGCUGGAACACUUUCAUCCGUUUCUUGCAGCUUCGGACUUUUACCGCAUUAUUCAUAUAUUUUAUUAUGGCAAAAAGAAGAUGUGUGCUUUCAACGGAAGAUGGCUCAGACGGCUCUGUGACAACUUCAAGACGUUUAUUGUUUAGUUUACCUACUCCAUCAGCAACUGAUAUGGCUACGCCAAUUAUCUUUGGCCCUGAGUGUUCACAUGCUCUAACUACUCAGUCGAGAAGUUUGCGAGAUAAGACUUCGAAAAAAAGAAAGAGGCGUGUUCUUAUUGUUGACACUGGUGGGAGUGUUCCAAUCUCACAAGUGACAGGCUCUUCUUCUAAAAAUGGUCAAUUUUUCCUUGGGCCAACAAAUGUGAUCCCUCGUUCCAUAUUGUCAAAAGGCUGCUUGCGCCGGUUGGGUUCCGAUGUGACGCAACUGCCUUUGUCUAAUGAUGUUAAUGUUUCAUGGUCUAAACGUUUAUCUAAAGGUUCUUGUGGACAGAGGCGCUCAAAAGGCCGCACAUCAACUUCACGCUCGGCUAUGCAAAAAGAUAUUGAGAUGUUCAGAAGAUUAAUUGAAAUACCCAAUGAGGCUUAUGAACUACCACAUAAAGACCCUUGUCAGCAUUGUAAAGCUAUUCGAUUCCCUAAUGAACCUCCUGGCUUCUGUUGCGCGUCAGGUAAAAUAAAGAUGCAGUUGCCCAAAAUGCCAGAUGAGUUAUGGAACCUCUAUGUAAAUGAUAUGACAACUUUGGGGGUCGAGUUCCGUCGGCGUUGCAGGACAUAUAAUAAUUCUUUGGCAUUCACAUCUAUUAAGAUGACUUAUGAUCAAGCUUUGGCUAAAGCUAACAAAGGGGUUUACACCUUCAAAGUGCAGGGUAUUGUUCGGCAUUAUAUCCAUGAACUAACACCUAAGGAUGGUGUUCCAAGGCAUCUGCAGUUAUAUUUCUAUGGCACUGAGAGAGAGUUGGAUAAUCGUGUAUCUCAAUCUGAAGGAUUAGGCCGUGUUAUAGUUUCAUUGUUGGUGAACAUCUUGACUAAUAAUCCAUACCAUAAUUUCUUCACCAAUUUGCAAAACAAAGAUGACCUAGAUAGUUAUGCUAUAGUGUUGCGUGCCAAUCCUAAACUUGACCAACGUGUUUAUAAUUUUCCAGUAGUUGACCAUGUUGCAGCAGUUUGGAAUGAGGGUGUGGGAACAUCUAUGGAACAACCUCGUGAUAUUAGGGUCAACCUAAGAUCAGGUGGUGUUCGCUACGUGCAUUAUUACUAUAGAUGCUAUGAUCCGCUUCAGUAUUGUCUAAUCUUUCCGUAUGGCGAGCCGGGUUGGUAUGCUGGAAUACCCAAAACUAUAGACAACAUUGAUUUGAAUUUGGACCCAACUGAACAAGAUACUGAAGAUCAUGAAAAUAAUACUGUUGAUCCGCAUAUGCACGAAGAAGCUGACACCCUACUUGUUGCUGAGCAAAAUAAUUUGUUGAGGAAUUUCAAAGCUCUUUCAUGUGUUGCUAUGAGAGAAUAUUAUUGCUAUCUGUUCCAAAUACGCACCGACGAUAUAACAAAUAUCCUUAGAACUGGUCGAGUAAUUCAACAGUUUCAGAUUGAUACUUAUGUUAAGAUCGAGACACAAAGACUAGAUUUUUUUCGCCAUAAUCAGUCUAAGUUUGAAAUGAGGGCUGAAUCGUAUCAAGGGAUAGUUGAGAGUAUAACAUCUAAUGGUGUUAUUAGCGCAAAAUCUGUUGGUAAGCGUGUUCUUCUUCCUAAGACCUUUACAGGUGGCCCGCGUGAUCUACGUUGUCGUUACAUGAAUGCGUUGGCACUUGUCGCAAAAUUUGGACGCCCGGAUAUUUUUCUCACAAUGACUUGUAAUCCAAAGUGGGUGGAAAUUCAAAGUGAGUUAUUUCCUGUUGAGAAAAGUCAUAAUAGAGCUGAUUUGUAUGCAAGAGUUUUUAGGGCCAAAAAUGAGGAACUAAAAAAGGAAAUUGUAAAAGACUCUUUGUUCGGGGUAGUUGCUGUUUAUUUUUAUGUGAUUGAAUUUCAAAAAAGAGGCCUUCCACAUGUUCAUUGGUUGAUAAUAUUGCAACCACGAUAUAAGGUAACUUCAACUGAGGCCUAUGAUCGAUUUGUAUCAGCUGAGAUUCCAGAUCUUGACCUGACUCCGCAUCUACAUUCUUGUGUUAUCAAUCAUAUGAUGCAUGGGCCAUGUGGUGAACUCAACCCAAAGAAUGCAUGCAUGAUAGGGGAAAAAUGCAAAAGUUAUUAUCCAAAAGAGUUUAAGUCAAACACUGAACAUCGGUUGGACUCAUACCCCGACUACAAGCGUAGAGAUGAUGGAAAAAAGGUUUUGGUGCGUGGCAAGUGGUUGGAUAACAGAUGGGUGGUCCCUUAUAAUGCUUAUUUGUUGGCAAAGUUUGAUUGCCAUAUUAACGUCCAGGUAUUCUUCGCGGCCAACCAAUCUCUUCCGAAAAUUGUAGAUUCUGAUCGUGCUAACAGGACACAACUUACAGAGUUUUUUGAGAUGAAUAAAUUUGUUGAAGUUGCAGCACUAAAUUUAUUGUAUCGGGAAUUUGUUGAACAUUUUGUAUGGAGCUUACAAACUAGGAGGUGGACACCGCGCUCUAGGUUAGGGACAAUCGGUAGACUUGUCUCGGUCAAUAUUACAGAAGUGGAGCGUUUUUAUUUAAGGUUGUUGCUGAAUCAUGUUAGGGCUCCAACAUCUUUUGAAGAUUUGAGAACAUCAAAUGGCGUAUUGUUUUUGUCCUUUUGCGAGGCAGCUCUUGAUAGAGGCUUGUUGGAUUCUGACAACGAUGUUAGGCAUGCGAUUCAGGAAGCUGCAACUUAUCAAAUGCCGUCUGCUCUGCGAAAAUUAUUUGCGAUUAUACUUGUUUUUAAUUCCCCUUCUGAUCCCAAAAAUAUGUGGAUUGAAUUUAGAGAAGCUUUAUCUGCUGAUAUAAUACGGGAUUAUCUGUUAGACCAUGCAGAGGGUUAUCGGUUAUCUUUAAGGUCCAUUGAUUCUUUGUUGCAAAUGAUGGGUCAUGGGAUAGAUGAGUACUCUGUGGUUGAUUAUAUAGUUGGGUUGACUCGUGAAGAGAUAAAUAGUCGUGAGUUUGCAGCAGAAAUUAAUAUGCCGAUUGCAGAAUCUGAUUUAGGUUCGGUGGGUCAUUUUAAUGAAAGACAACGCUUUGCUUAUCUUAAGAUAAUGUCCAGUCUUGCUUCACCAAUUGGGUCAGGCUUUUUCAUUGAUGGUCCUGGUGGCACUGGAAAGACAUUUUUAUAUAAGGCAAUCUUGGCCACUGUUCGUUCAACUGGUGACAUUGCUCUUGCAGUUGCUUCAUAUGGUGUUGCGGCUUCUUUGUUACCAAAUGGUCGAACAGCUCAUUCUAGAUUUAAAAUUCCGUUAAAUUUAGAUGAAUCUAUGUCAUGCUCGAUAAGCAAGAAUACUGCGACGGCAAAUUAUUGUUUGGUGGCAAAACAAUUGUUCUUGGUGGAGAUUUUCGGCAAACUAUACCAAUUGUUCGAAGGGGUUCUCGUGAAGAGAUAG